ACAAACUCAGAAAAGGUGAAAGGUUGUGGGAAUGUGUCAAUUUGCUAGUCACCGGUUGGCAAAGCGGUCUCUCGUCUCUUUGACAGAAAGAAGCCCGGUGUAGCUAGAUCGAUAUCUUAAUUUAAUAAGCGGACAUGGCCAAGAAACGAAGAGAAAGACGAGAGGCCGAUAGUGUUUCGUUAGCAACGUUACACGAGGAACCGAAGACAACAUUUAACGAGGCACAAACCCUCAAAGAGACUCGAUACACUGGAGGGGGCUCAGCUCGCAUGUCUCUCCUCAUCCUGCUGUCUGUCUUCACCUGCGCUGCUUCUGUCAUGUACCUAGUGUACAGGAAUUUCCCAGAGCUCGACAAUGAUGAGAUGGCUACUAUUAAAAUUCCCAAAGAUAUGGAUGAUGCUAAAGCCUUGGGCACUGUACUUUCCAAAUAUAAGGACACCUACUACACCCAAGUGUUAGUAGCCUACUUUACCACCUAUAUUUUCCUCCAGACAUUUGCGAUCCCUGGAUCCAUCUUCCUCAGCAUCCUGUCUGGUUAUCUCUACCCCUUCCCCCUGGCUCUUUUCCUCGUCUGCCUGUGCUCUGGCCUAGGGGCUUCCUUCUGCUACAUGCUGUCUUAUCUAGUGGGGCGACCAGUGGUCUACAGAUACCUGACAGAGAGAGCCCAGAAAUGGUCCCAGCAGGUAGACAAGCACAGAGAUCAUCUCAUCAAUUACAUCAUAUUUCUGAGGAUCACUCCCUUUCUCCCCAACUGGUUCAUCAACAUCACCUCACCUGUCAUCAACGUGCCUUUGGGGGUCUUCUUCCUUGGUACUUUCUUUGGAGUGGCCCCACCGUCCUUCGUGGCGAUCAACGCUGGUACAACACUGUAUAAACUGACGACAGCUGGGGAGGCAGUGUCCUGGAACUCUCUGAUUGUGCUAGGUGUCCUGGCCGUACUCUCUAUCCUGCCUGUCUGCUUCCAGAAGAAACUGCAGCAGAAGAUGGAGUAGGCAUUAGACAACUCAGCAACUCAUCUGCCUGCCUGAUCCCCCAGCCCGUCCCUUGGCUCAGGAAUGGUACACCCCGCUGUCACUCACAUAGUCCUGCCUGUUGCUGUCCCACACACCUGCUGAGGUUGCUGUGGAAACAUUGACCGUUGACACAACCCUGACUCCUGUGCCCAAAACAUGUGGUUGUGGCCACUUCAACUUUGUGCUCUACAAAGGACUAACUGGCCUCUGCUCAUCCUCGGGUUUGUUUUCCCAUAUUUGUUAAAUGUUGCAUGCCUGGAAAUUGAAAAUCUUAAGGAUACAGAAAACAUCAGGCAUCUGUCUUUAUUGUUUUUACUCACAAUGGUUCUCACAAGUUCUAGCUAAACUUCCCUCCUUUGUAUUUCUUGAACAGUGUUUUGAAUUGAUUUAAUCUCUUAACCUGUGUGAUAUGGGUGAAGUCAAAGCAAUACUGAUCAGAGUCGCAGUUCAGUGUUUUUGAUUUUCACAACAUUUUUGGACUAUUGUUAUGACUGUUUUAUACACUGGAUAGAUUGAACAUAUUAAAUCAUUUAGAACGUUCUAUCAUUUGAAGAUAUUGUUAAAACACCACCCUAAAAUGAUCUGUGUGCCAUCAAUGUUGACAUGAAAAAUAUGCAUGUGAACACAUGCAGUUAACUUGUUUUUCAACCACCACAAAUUUCUUGUUAACAAACUAUAGUUUUGGCAAGUCGGUUAGGACAUCUACUUUGUGCAUGACACAAGUAAUUUUUCAAACAAUUGUUUACAGACAGAUUAUUUCACUUAUAAUUCACUGUAUCACAAUUCCGGGUCAGAAGUUUACAUACACUAAGUUGAUGGUACCUUCCAGAAAAUGUCAUGGCUUUAGAAGCUUCUGAUAGGCUAAUUGACAUCAUUUGAGUCAAUUGGAGGUGUACCUGUGGAUAUAUUUCAAGGGCUACCUUCAAACUCAGUGCCUCUUUGCUUGACAUCAUGGGAAAAUCAAUUGUAGACCUCCACACCUCUGGUUCAUCCUUGGAGCAAUUUCCAAAUGCCUGAAGGUACCACGUUCAUCUGUACAAACAAUAGUACGCAAGUAUAAACACCAUGGGACCACGCAGCUGUCAUACCGCUCUGGAAGGAGACACGUUCUGUCUCCUAGAGAUGAAUGUACUUUGGUGCGAAAAGUGCAAAUCAAUCCCAGAACAACAGCUGGAGAUGCUGGAGGAAAUGGGUACAAAAGUAUCUAUAUCCACAGUAAAACAAGUCCUAUAAUCGACAUAACCUGAAAGGCUGCUCAGCAAGGAAGAAGCCACUGCUCCAAAACCACCAUAAAAAAGCCAGACUAUGGUUUGCAACUGCACAUGGGGACAAAGAUCAUACUUUUUGGAGAAAUCUGGUCUGAUGAAACAAAAAUAGAUCUGUUUGGCCAUAAUGACCAUCGUUAUGUUUGGAGGAAAAAGGGGGAUGCUUGCAAGCCGAAGAACACCAUCCCAACCGUGAAGCACGAGGGUGGCAGCAUCAUGUUGUGGAGGUGCUUUGCUGCAUGAGGGACUGGUGCAUUUCACAAAAUAGAUGGCAUCAUGAGGGGGGAAAAGUAUGUGGAUAUAUUGAAGCAAUAUCUCAAGACAUCAGUCAGGAACUUAAAGCUUGGUCGCAAAUGGGUCUUCCAAAUGGACAAUGACCCCAAGACUACUUCCAAAAUGGCAAAAUCGCUUAAGGACAACAAAGUCAAGGUAUUGGAAUGGCCAUCACAAAGCCAUGACCUCAAUCCUAUAGAACAUUUGUGGGCAGAACUGAAAAGGCGCAUGCGAGCAAGGAGGCCGACAAACCUGACUCAGUUACACCAGCUCUGUCAGGAGGAAUGGGCCAAAAUUCACCCAACUUAUUGUGGGAAUCUUGUGGAAGGCUACCUGAAACGUUUGACCCAAGUUAAACAAUUUAAAGGCAAUGCUACCAAAUACUAAUUGAGUGCAUGUUAACUUCUGACCCACUGGGAAUGUGAUGAAAGAAAUAAAAGCUGAAAUCAAUCAUUCUCUCUUAUUAUUCUGACAUUGCACAUUCUUAAAAUAAAGUGGUGAUCCUAACUGACCUAAGACAGGGAAUUUUUACUCUGAUUAAAUGUCAGGAAUUGUGAAAAACUGAGUUUAAAUGUAUUUGGCUAAGGUGUAUGUAAACUUUCGACUUCAACUGUAGAAAGAUAAAUAUGAAACCCUUGAUGCUUCUGCUGGGCCUUUCACUAAAAUAUUGCUACUAAUUGGAUUUCCCCUUUAAUUGUAUGAAACGGCAUAUCAAGUAUUGAAAACUGGUGUUUUGUAUACUAUUCUUUUUAUAUUUGUUCUACUAAUGGUGCUGAGACUGCCUCUCUGCCUGUGUGCUCCCUUUUGUGUGUCACCAGUCCAAAUGUUCUGCCAGUUGAGAAAUGCAGUAGUGGAUGACCCAGCAGUGCCCUUUGCAAAGCUACCAAUUUAGAUUUUUUGGUUGUUCAUGCUUUUCCCAGGUGUUAGUGAUUUCACACUGCUACUUCAUGUACAGUGCCUUCAGAAAGUAGUCACACCCCUUGACUUUUCCAAAUGUUCUUGCGGGAUUAAAAUGGAUUUAAUUGUAA